ACAUAUUACGUAGGACAACUACAACAUUUUGGGGGAGAAAUGUCUGAGAUAGAGACUUCUUAGAGUUGCUGUUUUCACAUUUUCACAUAGCAUUCAGCGAUGCUGUUUUGAAUGUGAUUACAAUAAAGUUAAUCGGGUAACGAUGAUCACUGUUAAUAGCUAUCGGUAUCGGAAGUGUUUCCUAGCAAACUAAUUGUCGAAUUUAACAGACUGUGGUCUGAUUUAAUAAAUAUUCUGGACGGCGAAGUUAAGCAACUGUAAGGAGAAAUUUAACGUUAGCUAGCUAGAUAGCCAAAUCUAUAAAAGAGCCAACGAUUAGCUCGUCAGUUAGCUGCAAGUAUUUUUAGUUAAUAUUAGCUCGAAGGCCACGUUCGCAUUGGGGAUUCGCUGUCAUAGAAUGAAAUAUUUUUUUCUGGAUAUUAUUUCACCGCAGGCGCCUCGUACGCGUUAAACCAAGACGGUACUUUUGAAAAGAAAAGUGGACUUGGGACCGCGGACUCCCCGGUCUAUGUUGCCCCGCAGCAUCCAAUUUUAAACCCAGCAAAACACUACAGUUUUUCACUCGAGUGACGUAAAUACACAGGGAUCUGCUGCGAAGGAGGCCGCGCGCGAUGUCUCCCCCUCCCUCCCGCGCUGUCAGCGAGGAGCCUGAUUGGUCCAGGCCUGGAAAAGAGAGUUCGAGAAUCCAGAAUGUGCAGGCCGCGGUGUCCCUACCGUGCGAAAAAAUAGCAAAACAGUUCGCGACAAAACAAAGAAAGGACAAAACCUUCCAGGGACGGAGAAGGGAAUUCGAAAACAGGUCACUUUUCUACAAGACACACAAGAAGAAAACUUUAUUUUUAAUUAAUGUUUUUGAUUGAAGUUUGGCAGCAAAUGUGAAGCUUUAGGAAGUAAAGGACAAUGGACCAAGGUGGUGGGGUCUUGGAGUUACACUCACAGGAUCUGAAAAUGCCCCACACAAUGAUAAUGCAAGACUUUGUGGCGGGCAUGGGGGGCAUGGCCCACAUCGACGGCGACCACAUCGUGGUGUCGGUGCCCGAGGCGGUGCUGGUGUCGGACGUGGUGACAGACGAGGACAUCACGCUGGAGCACGGCCUGGAGGCGGAGGUGGUGGAGGGGCCGGACAUCGAGCCGGAGGAUGUGGUGACGGCGGAGGGCGUGAUCAUGCCGGAGUCCGUGCUGGGGGCGGAGGUGGCCAUCGAGGAGGCGCUGACCACCGACCUGAUCGAGGAGUCGGUGCACAUGGCAGACCAGGUGUUCGUGGCCGACCUGAUGUCCCACCAGCGGGACGGACAGCUGGACCACGACAUAGUGUCCGAGGAGGUGAUGGUCACCAACUCUGACGCAGAGGCAGUCAUCCAGACGCACGAGGGUGUGCCGGCCUCCACUGUCACCCUGAAAACGGACGAGGACGAGGAUGGAAAGAGCACCUCUGAGGACUACCUGAUGAUCUCCCUGGACGACGUUGGCGAGAAGCUGGACAUUGGGAACACCCCCCUGAAGAUCAGCACAGAGGUGACCCAGGGCGACGGUUCCAAGGACGGCGCCUACGGCUCCGAGGUCAUCAAGGUGUACAUCUUCAAGGCUGAGGCCGACGACGAUGUGGAGAUCGGUGGGACAGAGGUGGUGACGGAGAGCGACUUCCAUAAUGGCCAUGCAGUGCUGGAGCCGGCGGGCAUUGGAAGGCUGUCCAGGGACAAGAUGGUUUACAUGGCAGUUAAGGACUCCUGUCAGGGAGACGAGGACAUGAACUGCACAGAGAUUGCAGAUGAGGUAUACAUGGAAGUGAUCGUGGGGGAGGAGGAGGCCCCUCCCAUUCAGGAGUCACAGCUGGAAGAUCCUGCCGUCAAUAAGACGUUCGUUCCUGUGGCCUGGGCAGCGGCUUACGGUAACAACCUGGACACCAGGUUAGAGAACAAAAAUGGUGCAGCCACGCAGUACCUGCAGAUCACCGACAGCCUCAGCACCAGCAGGGCCCUCAAGCAGAAGGCCAAGAAGAAGAAGAGGGGAGAGACACGGCAGUGUCAGACUGCUGUGAUCAUCGGUCCGGACGGCCAGCCUCUGACGGUGUACCCCUGCCACAUCUGCGGGAAGAAGUUCAAGUCGCGUGGCUUCCUGAAGAGGCACAUGAAGAACCACCCGGACCACAUGUUCAAGAAGAAGUACCAGUGCACGGACUGCGACUUCACCACCAACAAGAAGGUCAGCUUCCACAACCACCUGGAGGGUCACAAGCUGAUCGUGAAGACGGAGAAGGUGCCCGAGUUCACGGAGUACACGCGGCGCUACCGCGAGGCCAGCCCGCUCAGCUCCAACAAGCUCAUCCUGCGCGACAAGGAGCCCAAGCUGCACAAGUGCAAGUACUGCGACUACGAGACGGCCGAGCAGGGCCUGCUCAACCGCCACCUGCUGGCCGUGCACAGCAAGAACUUUGCCCACGUGUGCGUGGAGUGCGCCAAGGGCUUCCGGCACCCGUCGGAGCUCAAGAAGCACAUGCGCACGCACACCGGCGAGAAGCCCUACCAGUGCCAGCACUGCGAGUUCCGCUGCGCCGACCAGUCCAACCUAAAGACUCACAUUAAGAGCAAGCACGGCACCGAGCUGCCCUACAAGUGCGGACACUGCCCGCAGGCCUUCGCCGACGACAAGGAGCUGCAGAAGCACAUGGAGAUCUUCCAGGGCCACAAGACGCACCAGUGCCCGCACUGCGACCACAAGAGCACCAACUCCAGCGACCUGAAGAGGCACAUCAUCUCCGUGCACACCAAGGACUUCCCGCACAAGUGCGAGGUGUGCGAGAAGGGAUUCCACCGGCCCUCCGAGCUCAAGAAGCACUCAGAGACUCACAAGGGCAACAAAGUGCACCAGUGCCGGCACUGUGACUUCAAGAUCUCCGACCCCUUCACGCUCAGCCGCCACAUCCUGUCUGUCCACACCAAGGACCUGCCCUUCAAGUGCAAGCGCUGCAAGCGGGGCUUCCGGCACCAGAACGAACUGAAGAAGCACAUGAAGACGCACAGCGGCCGGAAGGUCUACCAGUGCCAGUAUUGCGAGUACAACACUACGGACGCCUCAGGUUUCAAGCGACACGUCAUAUCCAUUCACACCAAGGACUACCCCCACCGCUGUGAUUACUGUAAGAAGGGCUUCCGCCGGCCUUCGGAAAAGAACCAGCAUAUAAUGCGGCACCACAAAGACACGCUAAUGUAACCUCAUGCACCCCCUUCCACAUUCUAUAGAGCCCCUUUUCACGGUGUCACUGAGCUCACAGGAAGGGGUGGGGGCAGCGGAGGAAGGGAAUGUAGUCUUUGGAGGGUCAAACCACGUUUAAAUUUUAACUGUUAUCCUUUUCGGAGCUUAUUCCCGUUUUCCCAAAAUUGUGAAACAAGUCUUAAAAGAAAUCCCGUUAGUAAAAAUAUUAGACAAUAGCUGGGUGGGAGAAGUUGCGGGAGGAGCAGUCACUCCAUUCUACCUGUCAUCAUUUUGUUCUCCUUGAUUUUGCUGCAUCAAUGUUUAGGGGGGUUCAAAUGUCUUUUUUUUUUCCCUUUUCUUUUUAACACGCCCACUUUGGUAAGAGAAAAGCAAAUAAUAUCCUCAAUAAUGGGAGAGAUGCUCAAGCAAUGUCUCACAGUAUGAAACAAAAACCCCAUGUGAGUGACUUUCCUGUCUUCAUUUAACUGUGCUGGAGUGUGAUGCUUUGUCAUUCUCAGUAAAUAACAUGUAGCCUAUAUAUGUAUAUUUUUCUUUUUUACCAGCCCGUAAGUCUUUCUUCACCUGCUUGCUGAACAUUUGCUUUAAAACCCAAUUAAACAGUGACGUCAUUGAUAUGAGUAGCCCAUUUAUGUUGUAAAAACUAACUGCUCGGGAAAAUGUUUACAUAUGCAACAUGGCAUAAUUUAGCUAUGACUGAAAAAAAAGUUUCAGAUCACCAGAUUUUAGGAGGCUUCUUUGUAUUGUUCUCAGAAUUAAUUUGGCUGUCAAAUCUUCUGUAAUUUUAGGUCUCCCACAUUUAGACUGGACAAUUGUUGGACAUAUUAUCUUCUAAUGACCCUUACCAUUGGAGAAGUACUGUUUAAUUGUUCUUCACUUUGUGAUUGCCACUACACAAGUGUAUCCAUAAUGAUGUGUACCUGGCAGGCAUAAAUGAGCGCACCUGUAGCCAAACAUUUUGGGAUUCUCUUCACAAUCAUGCCUUACAUGUAUUGUCAUUUUCAUGCACUGUAUUUAG